AUGUUAUUGAAAAAGAGAGCCAUUUUUAGGUUUGUUAUGUUAAACAAAAGUGAUAAAGUUUUUAUUAAUGGUUUUAUUAUGUAUUUUUUGAUAGAUCAUUCAUAUUAUAUUUAUAAUUUCAAAAAUCCCUUAUAAAACUUUUAGAUGCAAUUGGUGUAACAAUUUGUUUCCUAUUUUACAAGAUUGGAUUAUUCAAAAUUCAAGCAUUUAUUUGCGCAGAUAUUGCAAAGAGACUUUAAUCUUGUAAUUUAUUAGGUGUCAUAUUUAAUUUUAGGGUCAGAAAGCAUUUGUUCAUUAAAUUUUUCUAGUAUUUCCAUAAAAUAAAUAUAAUUAUAUUUGUCUUAAAUUAUAAUUAAAAAAUAUCCGUUAAUAUAUUAUGUAGAAACGCUCUUCAAACUCAAAGAACAAAAGCUUUGACAGGUAGUUAUUGUUUAAGAUUCUAGAUUAGUUCCAGAAAAAGUGAAUUUGAAUGAUUUUUAAUUUUAUAUGGUUGAAGAAAAGGAGAGAGAAUAAAAGAACGAAUUAGACUUAAAUGAAAGAUUGAGAAUGGAAGGCAGUUAGGCAAAAUAUAAUUACUUUUUGAAGUAGAAUAUAUUUGAGAGUAAAUCAGAAUCAAGUCUAUUUGUAUAUAAAAGAUAACAAUGUAAAUAUAAACCGUAUAUAAUUAAUGAUAAAUGUCCUUCACCUGUAAGAAAGAUAAGCAAUACUCCAUAUAAAGUUUUAGAUGCUCCUUAUUUAAAAGAUGAUUUUUAUUGUUAGUUAGUAGACUGGAGUUCUAAAAAUUAAAUAGGAGUGGGUUUAGAUAAUUCAGUGUAUACAUGGAAUGCUUAAACUAGCGAAACAAUUUAAUUAUUAGAAAUAGAAGCUCCAUCAUAUAUUAGUGCAGUGAAAUGGUGUUAUCGAAAUGAUUUGAUGGCAGUUGGUGAUGAUAAUGGGACUGUGAGAAUUUAUGAUAUUAACAAAGGUGCAAUAUUAUAAACAUAUGAGAAUCAUGAUAGAAGAGUAGGUUGUUUGGAUUGGAAUGGAUUAUGCAUUACAAGUGGUAGCAGAGAUAAGACAAUAUUAUUAUAAGAUAUUAGGACUAAAAAUGAUUUUGAAAUUAAAUUCUCAUUUCAUAAACAAGAAGUUUGUGGAUUAUAAUGGAGUCCAAAUGAAUCAUACUUAGCUUCAGGAGGUAAUGAUAACAAUGUUAUUAUACAUAAUAUCAGAAUGUCUAAUAAACCAUUAUAUAUAUUUCGAGAUCAUUCUGCUGCCAUUAAAGCAUUAGCAUGGUCUCCAAAAGAAAAUAAUAUUUUAUGUAGUGGUGGUGGUACAACUGAUAAAUCAAUAAAAUUUUGGAAUAUCUCUAAUGGUCAACUUUAAAAAAGUAUUGAUACAGGCAGUCAAGUUUGUAGUGUUAAAUGGUCUAUCAAUACUAAUGAAAUUGUUACUACUCAUGGGUAUACAUAUAUAUAUUUAAUUCUUUAGAUAUUCCCUUAAUUAAAUUAUAAUCUGGAAAUUACCUAAAAUAGAAAGAAUUGCAGUCCUUCAUGGUCAUUCUCUGAGAGUCCUUUAUUUAGCACUUAGUCCUGAUGGAGAAAAUGCUGUCACUGGAAGUGGAGAUUAAACCCUUAGACUUUGGAAACUAUUCCCUUAAAUACAUUAAACUUCUUUUUCUUCACACAUUUCACUAAUCAAAUAAGCUAAUUUAGAUAUUAGAUGA